AUAUGUUCAGCCUCGUGCGGAGUUGGACGGACGACCCCUUUCUUUCCAUCGGAUUUUUCCGCCAUCAUUAGGAUUCACCUUCCUGAUACAUCUCCUGCCUUCCGAUAACCGCAUUACAGAUAUAUCAGGAUCCGACGUGUGACAGAGCCCGGUGGGGCAAGGGUUCGUGGAACAUGGAUUUCGACCUCAUUGUCAAGAAUGCAAUCAUUGUCACAGCCACCGAAGUCCUCCAACCAGGUCUAUCAAUAGGCGUCAAGGAUGGUAUCAUCGUGGCCGUCGCACUCUUCCUCCCAGCAGGCCCGGAUACAAAGAUCGUCGACGCUGAAGGAGCUUACGUAACACCCGGCGGUGUCGACUCUCACGUCCACCUGCACCAAGACAAUGCUCCUACCGGCGACAAAUGGCUGACCGGAUCUCGAUCUGCCUUGGCCGGUGGAAACACCACAAUUCUCGCAUUCGCCUCGCAGAAACGGACCGACGAGUCACUCUAUCCGGUUGUCGAAGAGUACCACAAUCGAUCAAGAGGCCAAAGCUAUAUCGAUUAUGGAUUCCACCUGAUUCUGACCAGAGCGACCGCUAAGAUCCUGCAAGAGGAGCUCAAGGUCAUGAUCGAGCAAGAAGGGAUUACCAGUCUGAAACUCUACAUGACCUAUCCAGCCAUGAAAUUGGGAGACGGAGAUAUGCUGGACAUCAUGAUGCAAGCUCGAGAACUGGGUGUUACCACAAUGAUCCACGCCGAGAACAGCGAUAUGAUUGACAUGAUAACGACACGCCUCCUCAAACACUCACGCACCCUCCCCAAAUUUCACGCCAUCGCUCGGCCUCAAAUCGCCGAAGCCGAAGCUACACACCGCGCCAUCUCACUCUCAACACUGACCUCAACACCCAUCCUAAUCGUCCACAUGUCCUCGCCGGUCGCCCUUUCACACGCCCGCAAAGCACAAUCGAAGUCCCUCCUGCCUGUUCACGCGGAAAGCUGUCCUCAUUAUAUGUACUUACUCUCGUCGAAUCUUGCAGCAACCAGCAUCACAACGCACGACGACCACGGCCACUCGCACGAAGUUGAUGACGAAUGGGCUGGGUCACGACACGUCUGCGCCCCGCCCCUCCGGCACUCCGACUCCGAUCUCCAGAGCGUUUGGGACGCAGUGAACAACGGCACCAUAACAGUGAUAUCUUCCGACCACGCGCCAACACUGUACAAUUCGCCCGGCGGGAAACGCAAACCCGUCGUCGACGCCCAGGCAAGCAGCUCAGUCCCCACAUUCGCCCAGAUCCCCAAUGGUCUGCCUGGCAUCGAGACACGACUUCCCAUCCUGUUCAGUGCGGCGACAGACCCCUCAGCCCCAGCGGGAAGAAGACUAUCGCUCCCACGGUUCGUGGAACUCACCUCGACUAAUCCCGCAAAGAUGUACGGACUGGCGGGCAAGAAAGGCAGUAUCGCGCCAGGGUACGACGCCGACCUGGUCGUUUGGUAUCCCAAGCUGCAUGACGACGCCAACAUAACUAUCACGAACGAUAUACUGCACCAUAGUAUCGAUUACACGCCGUUCGAGGGGAUGAAAGUGUGCAAUUGGCCACGGUAUGUGCUUUUACGAGGCGAAAUGAAAUGGGAUCGCGACGUAGAACUGCGCGAUGGUCAUGGAAAGGGUAUCCUCGGGAAACCAAUGGAUGGCCAGUAUCUGAAAAGAGCCAAAGGUGAGGUGCUCGUGGGAAGACUCGGCCAGACGCCGCCGGGGAUGUUGGAAGGCGAGACGGACAAUUGGAUGACAUAUACGCAUGAAUAGGAACGGAUCCAUGUUACCAGAGAAGGUAUGAAUAUCAAACCAUAUUCUUCAAAAUAUGCUAAGUCCAAAUACUAUGUGCACUAUGUUGUCUUUGCCACAGCAGAACCACCGUAUGCGGCCCCUUCAGGUG